AGUGAGUAAAAGCUUUUACUAUACCUUUUGCUUAUAAGCUGAACCAAGUCGUCUUCUACGUCUUAUUAUUAUUAUCUUGCUUCACUGCUUCCACCAUUCCCCUAUAGCUUCUCUAAUCUAAUGGAAACCAAAGGUUAUACCCAAGAUGGCACUGUUGAUCUUCGUGGCCGUCCCGUGCUUGCCUCUAAAACUGGAAAAUGGAAAGCCUGUGCUUUCCUUGUUGGAUAUGAAGCAUUUGAAAGGAUGGCUUUCUAUGGAGUAGCUUCAAACUUAGUGAACUACUUGACCACCCAACUUCAUGAAGAUACAGUUUCAUCUGUUAGAAAUGUGAAUAACUGGUCAGGAUCGGUCUGGAUUACACCAAUUAUCGGAGCAUACAUUGCAGAUACUUACUUGGGUCGAUUCUGGACUUUCACCGUUUCAUCUCUCAUCUAUGUCGUGGGAAUGAUAUUGCUGACAACAACAGUUUCAAUGAAAUCACUGAGGCCAACUUGCACAGAUGGUAUUUGUAACAAGGCCUCAACUCUGCAAAUAGUGUUCUUCUAUACAUCACUUUACACCAUAGCCAUAGGAGCAGGGGGAACAAAACCCAACAUAUCAACCUUUGGGGCAGACCAGUUUGAUGAUUUCAAUCCCCAAGAAAAGGAGCUCAAAGUCUCCUUCUUCAAUUGGUGGAUGUUUAGCUCUUUCUUGGGUGCCUUGGUUGCCACUCUUGCCCUUGUUUACAUUCAAGAAAACUUGGGUUGGGGACUUGGCUAUGGCAUCCCAACAGUUGGUCUCCUCUUCUCACUCUUUGUGUUUUAUCUUGGGACCCCAAUUUACAGACACAAAGUGAAGAAGACUAAAAGUCCUGCUAGGGACCUUAUUCAAGUCCCCAUUACCGCCUUUCGGAAUCGAAAACUUCAGCUCCCUAACCACCCAUGUCAGCUUCAUGAACAUGAGCCUCAACAGUACAUUAACAGUGGGAAAAGGCAAGUCCAUUACACUCCUAUUUUCAGAUUCUUGGACAAGGCAGCAGUGAAAGAUGGCAACUCAAGUAAGCCACCUUGCACUGUAACUCAAGUGGAAGGAACCAAGCUUGUUCUUGGGAUGCUUUUAAUAUGGCUAGUGACCUUAAUCCCCAGCACAAUAUGGGCUCAAAUAAACACAUUAUUUGUGAAACAAGGCACCACCAUGGACAGAAGCUUAGGUUCAAGCUUUCAAAUCCCAGCAGCUUCACUUGGGAGCUUUGUCACAUCCUCCAUGCUCCUCUCCGUACCAAUGUACGACCGCUAUUUUGUACCAUUCAUGCGUCAAAAAACCGGAAAUCCUAGAGGAAUAACCCUUCUUCAAAGGCUCGGCAUUGGAUUUGUCAUCCAAAUCGCUGCCAUCGCUAUUGCGUACGCAAUCGAGGUUCGAAGAAUGCAUGUCAUAAGAGUGCAUCACAUCAUGGGACCUAAGGAAACUGUCCCAAUGAGCAUAUUCUGCCUGUUGCCUCAGUAUGUACUGCUAGGGAUUGCUGAUGUGUUUAAUGCCAUUGGACUGCUAGAAUUCUUUUAUGACCAGUCACCAGAAGACAUGCAAAGCCUAGGGACAACAUUUUUCACCAGUGGAAUUGGUGUUGGGAACUUCUUAAACAGCUUUUUAGUAACAGUGGUGGAUAAAAUUACAGGCGGAGGAAAUGGCAAAAGCUGGAUUGGUGACAACUUGAAUGACUCUCAUUUAGAUUACUAUUAUGGGUUCCUUUUGGUCAUAUCAACCCUUAACUUAGGGGCCUUUCUUUGGGCAUCAAGCAAAUAUGUCUACAAAAGAGAAACCAUAGAAUUCAAUGAGGGUUGUAUUGAACUGGAGAGUAAAGCCUUAGAGAUAUCUCCACUAGGAUUACAAGUAUAAAUAUAUAUAUUGAAAAGAUGGUGAGUGGUAAGAAAAGGUAUUAUGUUCGUGAUAAAUGAUAUGUGCAGCAAUUAAUGUUUUCAUUUCUA